CGGAGGGAAGGAGGAGCUGUGGCCGAUGGAGGAGCCUGAGCCAGCCGAUGGUGUGGCUGAGGAAGAGGAGGAAGCCUCCCCAGCCAGGCUCCUGGAGCACCGUUUCCAGCAGGGCUUCUUAGCUGGCCAGCGCUUGCUCCACUUUCCUUGGCAGGAUCUGGAAAAGAUACUAAAGGCUUCAGGGAAUUCCUCACUGCUGCUGACUAUUCUGCAGAAGACGGUUCUUCAUCCGCUAUGCUUGAAAUAUCCUCCUUCAGUCAAGUACAGAAGAUGCUUCUUAUCAGAGCUCAUUAAAAAGCAUGAAGCUACCGGGGCCGAGCCACUCGAUGAGCUCUACGAAGCACUUGGCCAUGUCUUAAAUACUGAAGAAAAUGCCCAUGGCUAUAAAAACUACUUACUGCCCACUGGAGAGGCCAUUACACUCGGCGAGAGCGUGGCCAUUAUUUCACGGGGAACGACCGGACUCGUCACGUGGGACGCCGGCCUUUACCUGGCAGAAUGGGCGCUGGAGAACCAUGCCAUCUUCACUAACAGGAGUAUUUUGGAAUUGGGAAGUGGGAUGGGACUGACAGGAAUCGCCAUUUGCAAAGCUUGCCAGCCCAGGAGGUAUACGUUCAGCGAUCACCACCCGUGCGUUCUUCAGCAGCUUUCGGAAAAUAUCCGUUUGAAUGGUUUAUCCCCGGAGCCUGAAGUCGGCAGCUUCAGUCUGGCAAAAUGUGAAACUCAGAAGGCAAACCUUACAGGAUUCCAGGGUCCCAAAGUAACCGUUGCAGAUCUCGACUGGAACCUGGCUACGAAAGAAGAGCUGGCAGGACUGCAGGCUGACGUUGUCAUUGCUGCAGAUGUGGUCUAUGACCCAGAGCUCACACUGUCCCUUAUUAAAGUAUUGCAAAAACUUCCCUGCUGCCCUAACGGACAAAAAGCCCCAGAAGUCUACAUCGCCUUUACAAUCCGAAAUCCUGAUACGUACUGCUGCUUCCAAACUGAACUUAAUAAAGUUGGGAUCAGAUGGCAAGCUGUUCCUAGUCCACAGAAGAACGUUUUCCCUUAUGACCAGCAGGCAAAGAUAACUCUCUUAAGGUUACUCAUUUAAGGGUGUGUGUUUUUUUCCUCUCCUCAGAAUUCACAUUACACUUGGAAUCAUUUCAACAAGACAAGUGGCUCUCAUGAUUCAAAUCUGUUAUCAUUAGUAUAUUCCGUCAGCAGUGUGAACACUGGUUGAGAGCAAAGAGGUUCUUACUGUCUGUUGGAGAUUGUAUAUAAGCUGGGCAACAUUGCUGGGGAGGAGUAAAGAGUAGUGAAAGAAAAUAUGAGAGGUAAGUGGGUGUCCUGGUUCACAAAACAGUCAAACAGGCUGGCUGGGAGGGAUCCCCGACUGAUAAUGCAGGCAAAGGCAGAUAAUCACAAGGAGAUAGAAAGUGUCCUUGCCUGUAAGAGUCCAUCAAGAGAAAGGCAUGGGUCAAGCAGUCCCAAGUCAAGGGAGGCAACUGGAACCAAGGUCAACACGGUCCAAAGGUCAAAGAAGAAGCCAGGAGGUCUGAAGUAGAAAUGUAGGAGUCCAGAAACAGGAACCCUGGCUAAAAAACAGACAAUUUCCUUCCAGCAACUCUUUAGGCAAACUCCGCUCUUAGGUUGCCUGAAACCAGCUGGUUCUAAUCAGAGCUUGAUUGCUUGCUGCUUAGGCUGCAGCCUGGCUGAGCAAUGGCUUCUUAGCUCUACCUUUUGUUGGAUCCUUUUGUUCCUCCUCCUUCAUGGAGGACUUAGAGGACUUGAGACCCCCAACUAUCUCAGCUGCAGGUGAGUCUUGCCCUUGUCCUGCUGGCUGAGGCUGCAAUUCCACAGGAGGAGCUGGCUGAGGCUUUGCAACAGGGAGGGCUGGCUGCUCUGCAACAGAAAGAGCUGCAGGCUGUUCCUUUUUUGGAAGACUUGCCUUGGUCCCUUCCUCAGCCUCCCAGUCCCAGUCCUGCAGCUCUUGACCCAUGACAAUUGGUGUCCACAGCCCGCAACUCCUGAUCUAGUAUUAGAAGUAGUUUAUGUAAGGUGCCCUAAAGACUGGGCACCCUUACGUAAGCUUUUGAAUCACAAUAUAAAACACCUUUCCCUGAUGAAGAAGCCAGCGAAACAUUGAAAGCCUGCCUGUUGAACUGUGUGCAUUUCUGGUUGCCCCAAUAAAGGUAUUGCUGUUUUGUUUAUUUGG